GCAACUUCAACUUCAACAGUACAACAAAAUGGGUUCAUGCGAUCUCUGCAGAGAAAUACCGUGGAAUAACUUACCCACAGCCCCACCAGACUCAUGGCCAUCCAGCAGCGGAUAUCCAUAUCUCCAAGACUUUCACCACUGGCCUGAAGAUAGCCGAGGCUACCUACAUCAUCAGAGUCUGGAAGCUCUGAGAAAUGCAGCGGACAAUGAAAGCUGCGGUAUUUGCUCACUGAUACUUACUCAGGUCGAAUUAUGCGAGGCGGAACUCAAAGAACUUAAACCCAAGUGGGAAGCGGGAACGAUAACAAAGUACGGUUGGCCGCUAUGGGAGAUGUGGGUUGUCAAAAGAGAAGUUGGAAGGGAUGGGUUUUGGGUUAUGAGUACGACGGAUGACACGUAUAAAAGGAAUGUACGGCUUGUGGCGGCCAUUGGGCUUUGUGUAGACAAUGGUAAUCCUUUGGCUCAGCUCAUUCGUGGACGACCCGUUGAGCAGUAUGGCGGAACUGCGAAGGCGAUAACAAGGGCUCAUGACUGGGUUACUGAAUGCAACGAGCAUCCCAAGUGCAGCCCCGGAGACACGCUGUUGCCAGGUCGAGUCGUUGACGUGGGUGAUGAUAUCAACAGCCCAUAUGCGAAGCUCAGAGAAACAUACGGACAGGAACGUGGAAAAUAUAUAUCUCUGAGCUACUGUUGGGGCAAAGAGCCGCAGUUUACUACCACCAAAGCAACCCUCGAAGAGCGCAAACGUCAAAUCACCAUCUCCGAUCUGUCGCAAACGCACCAAGAUGUAAUAAAACUAGCACGAGAACUAGGUGUGAGAUAUCUCUGGAUAGACAGCAUCUGCAUCUGUCAAGGCGACUAUGACGACUGGGAGCGCGAAUCAGCAAAGAUGCUGUCCAUCUAUGCUAAUUCCUACCUAACCGUUGCCGCCUCAAAAGCAAAGAAUCACUCAGAAGGACUCUUCAGUGAGACAAAGCCAAAGGAAUACAAGACGUUCGAGUAUAAAUCCGGAGAGCUCAGUGGGCAGGCCAUGGCGUUUAAUCUUCCGAUCGACAAAGAAUCUGGUGCUAGUUCUUAUGUAAGCCUUCCAGAUGAACCACUCUCUGACCGGGGCUGGGCUCUUCAAGAAAGAGUGUUACCGUGUCGAACCUUGCUUUAUACAAAGCAGCAGAUGUUCUUUGAGUGUAGUGCGGGAUUUAGAGGGGAGGAUGGCACGGUUCUUGAUUGGAGGUUUGUGAAUGUGCAUGAUAUGCCAGACGGACAGGACGAGGAAAAAGAGCCCGACGAUGAAGGAGAAGAAGACGAUGAUCCUAAAGCGAGCCUGUAUCAGUCAUGGUAUAGCCUGCUCUGGAUAUACGGCCCUCGGAAACUUACCAAGGCGUCGGAUAAACUUCCUGCCAUCUCUGGACUCGCGAGUAUCUUUGCCCAACGCCUUAACGACGAGUAUAUCGUUGGGCUUUGGCGAUCAAAACUGCUGGAAGGACUCCUCUGGCAAAGCCUCAGAUGCAGGCGUGUUUCAGAUUACAGAGCACCAUCCUGGUCAUGGGCAUCCAUGGACGGAAUCCCUGGCCUCGGGGUAAGAGCACCUUAUGAGGAAGUUGCUAGAAUCUUAGACGUCAAUGUCGAUCUCAAGGGCAAAAAUAUCUACGGCGAGGUCACAAGUGGAAGACUGCGAAUCCAAGCCCCGAUGGAGCGAUUGUACCUCGACGUCAAAGACUGGGAUCCUACAAAGCCAGGGUUCGCGUAUGAUAACAAUCCUCCCGUCCGUACGGCACAUGAUGAGACUCAUUCGCGGUUCGACUUUGACUUUACUGCUGAUGAUGCGCCGCAGGAAGCACUCAAGAUAGUGAAGAGUUUAGAAGGGAAGGAAUUCUUUGCGCUCAUCUUACUGAAGGUUAAAGAGCCGGAUGAGGAGACUUAUCAUGCAGUAAUGGUGAAAAGAGUCGAUGGGGGAGAGGAGUAUGAGAGGCUGGGUUUUGGGUUCAUUGACAAGAAGGCUUUGGGAUGUAGGCCGGAGCUGGAAGCGCAGGACAAGUUUCCAGUUAUUACACUUGUGUAA